GAGUCUCUCUUCCUUCCCCAGGAGAAGCUGGAGGGCGCUUCCCUGAAGCCGGAGGCCAAGCGCUACUAGGAGAGGCUGGUCAGGCUGGGCCAAAGGAGCGGCCUCCAUCUCCCUGUGGAGGUGCAGGAGAAAAUCAAGAAGAUUAAGAAGAAGCUGAGCGUCCUUUGCAUCGACUUCAACAAAAACCUCAACGAAGAGGCGACUUUCCUGGCUCUUACCAGGGAGGAGCUGGGAGGACUCCCAGAAGAUUUCCUGAACUCCCUGGAGCAGGCAGAGGAUGGUAGACUCAAGGUCACCCUCAAGUACCCCCAUUACUUUCCCCUGAUGAAGAAGUGCUACGUGCCGGAGACCAGGAAGCAGAUGGAAGAGCGGUUCAACUCCAGGUGCAAAGAGGAGAAUUGCCGGAUCCUCGAGGAACUGGUGGAGCUCCGGGCCCAGAAAUCGGCUCUCCUUGGGUUCGAAACGCACGCGGCCUUUGUGCUGGAGAUGAACAUGGCCAAGGACUGCAAGACGGUGGCAGCGUUCCUGGAUGAGUUGGCAGCCAAGCUGAGGCCUCUGGGGGAGAAGGAGCGGGCCGUGAUCCUGGGCCUCAAGCGGAAGGAGUGCGAGCAGCGGGGCCUGCCCUUCGAUGGGCGCAUCAACGCUUGGGACAUGCGCUACUACAUGAACCAGGUGGAGGAGACCCAGUACAGCGUGGACCAGAACCUGCUGAAGGAGUUCUUCCCCAUGCAAGUGGUGACGGCGGGCCUGCUGGGCAUCUACCAGGAGCUGCUGGGGCUGGCUUUCCACCCGGAGGAGGAUGCCCAAGGGUGGCACGAAGACGUCCAGCUGUACACUGUGCAGGACCUGGCCUCCGGAAAGACCCUCGGCAAGUUCUACCUGGACCUUUACCCACGGGAGGGGAAGUACGGGCACGCGGCCUGCUUUGGGCUGCAGCCUGGCUGCCUGCUGGCGGACGGCAGCCGCCAGAUCGCCGUGGCCGCUAUGGUGGCCAACUUCACCAAGCCGACGCGGGAGGUGCCUUCCCUGCUACAGCACGACGAGGUGGAGACCUACUUCCACGAGUUUGGCCACGUCAUGCACCAGCUGUGUUCCCAGGCCGACUUUGCCAUGUUCAGCGGGACCCACGUGGAGCGUGACUUUGUGGAGGCCCCGUCCCAGAUGCUGGAGAACUGGGCAUGGGAGAAGGAGCCGCUCCGGCGCAUGUCCGGCCACUACCGGACGGGCGAGCCCAUCCCGGAUGAGCUGCUGGGGAAGCUCAUCCGCUCCCGCCAGGCCAACGCAGGGCUCUUCAACUUACGGCAGAUCGUUUUGGCGAAGGUGGACCAGGCGCUGCACACGCAGACGAAAGCGGACGCUGUGCAGGAAUACGCCCGGCUCUGUGACGAGGUCCUGGGGGUUCCAGCCACCCCAGGUACCAACAUGCCGGCCACGUUUGGCCACUUGGCGGGAGGCUAUGAUGCCCAGUACUACGGCUACCUCUGGAGCGAGGUCUACUCCAUGGACAUGUUCUACACGCGGUUCAAGCAGGAGGGGGUCAUGAGCUCCAAGGUGGGGCUGGACUACCGGAAGUGCAUCCUUCACCCGGGUGGCUCGGUGGAUGCCUCUGACAUGCUGCUGCGAUUUCUCGGAAGGGCCCCCAAGCAGGACGCUUUCCUGGAAAGCAAGGGGCUGGCCGUGGAGCCGAGCCCCCCGCCCUCCGCGUGCUGAGCGUCUGCUGCCCCCCGGGGCCUCUGGCGGCGGGACAGCAGCGGACGUGGCCCUCUCCCCACCGGGGGGUGCUGGUGGGCCUCGGCAGAAUUAGGGUGUGCUCGGAUUGGAGGGGCCUCUGCCCUUGCGCAGCAGGGGGAUGGGGGGUGCAGCAUUAUUAAACUGCGGUUGAAUUGCUUA